AUGAACGACAGUCUCGGAGCCAUCCUGGCCAUCGUGGUCCUCUGGUCCAUCCUGCGCUUCGCUUUCGGCGGCGGCUCGAACAACAGCUCGAACGGCGGCAACCGAGCACCAGCCAUCAACACGGCUCGUUCACGGCAGGUUCCACAGCACAUGAUCGACUCGGUCAAGACGCUCUUCCCACACAUCCCAGAUGCAUCGAUUCGAUACGAUCUUCAGCGCUCCGGUAGUGUUGAAGCUACCUGUGAACGCAUCUUGAACGAGGGCGGUCUGCCCUCGCCUCCAGCUGGCUUCUUCAGUACCGCCGAGCCAUCGACCCCGUCCAAUACGGCAGCAACUCGGGCACAGAACAAUCGAACUACGCCAAAUGCCGCAGCUUCAGCUUCCGCAUCAACCAGCAGCACGCCGAGCAAGUCGCCAAAUCUCAUCUCGAGGUAUGGCCUGCAGUCGCGGAUCGUGAGCGCCGGAGACGUUCCAGGCACGCCAGACUCGCAUGCAAGCAGCAGCUCUCACGGGAGUCCGAGUAGCUGGGCCACGACACCGGAAGCCAGGGCGAAGCUUCUCAAGGAUCGAAAGGAGCAGAUGAUCUUGGAGGCCAGGAAGAAGAUGCUCGAGAGGCAACACAGUGCGGCCAAGGAGGCGUCAUCAUCGGUAACCACCUCAGCAUCGCCUGCUUCGACAAAUUGA